AUGGGACUACCUCAGUCGGAUGCUCAUUACUUCUAUCCUGAAGAAGCAGUGUGGCUGAUGGAAUGUGCAAUGGGCUCAGUGGUUCACAAUGGUAUUGCGUUAUCGGUACAACAAGGAUAUCGUUUGCUCGAAUCACACGGUAUAACUUGGCCUCAGUAUGCUGUAUAUUGUUAUUUGAAGUGUGCUGGAUAUGUGGUGUUACCUUAUAAACCUCGUUAUUGGCCACGAUUCGACGCGAUCGCGAAAAAUUCAUCGAAUUGGGUCAUUUAUCGGGCAGAACGAGCCAAGUUGCUCAACAAGAAUAAGACCGUCUCGGCGCCUCCUGCAUCACCCUUCCCUAAUCAUUUCAACAAUGAUGCUCAGUUGAAGCCAUUCUUGCCAUCGUCUUCAGCAUCGUUAUGGAACGCGAAUGCUCUUGGAAUUGAUUUAGAUUAUAGCGUUUAUGCCGGUGAUGGUUCAUAUAAACACACAUUGGCUGUGACACCACUUUUUCUUAUUUUAGUUGUCAACAAUUGGGAGGAAUGCUAA